AUGAAAUCGGUAUCUUCAAGGCCUUCCGUGGAAAUGGUCGUGCCAAAAGAGGCAAACGCCGCAAACCCUAGAGUAGUAGCUUUGCACCCCUUCCCCUGCUCCUCCCGCUCGCACGCAAGCAGCUCGUACUUCGCCGCCGUCGCCGGAGAGAUGGAUUCCCGCGGCUUCGAUUCCGCAGGCCGCGCUUUCUCCAGCGCCACCGAGAUGUGGGCAGAAGAGCUCGGCCCCACUUCCACCGCCUCCUCCGCCAUUGAAGCCGCCCCGGCCGCCGCAGGCAACGCGGGCGCCGGCGAGGAGGCGGGGGGAGACGGGAAGCGCAAGGAGUGGUACUCCAAGGCAAUCGCCUACUGGCAAGGCGUGGAGGCGUCGACCGAGGGGGUCCUUGGAGGGUACGGGUGCGUGAACGACGCGGACGUCAAGGGCAGCGACGCCUUCCUCCGCCCUCUCCUCGCCGAGCGGUUCGGCACCGCGAAGCGUCAUCUCGUCGCGCUUGACUGUGGCUCAGGCAUCGGGCGGGUUACAAAGAACCUUCUUCUUAGGCAUUUCAAUGAGGUUGAUCUUGUCGAGCCAGUUUCUCAUUUUCUAGAAGCGGCACGGGAAAAUCUUACUGGAUGUAUGGACCAAGGAGAAGAUUCACACAAGGCUACCAACUUUUACUGUGUGCUUUCAAUCCCUUUCUUAAAAACUGGAAUUUUGGUUCUUCAGGUUGAUCUUGUCGAGCCAGUUUCUCAUUUUCUAGAAGCGGCACGGGAAAAUCUUACUGGAUGUAUGGACCGAGGAGAAGAUUCACACAAGGCUACCAACUUUUACUGUGUGCCUCUUCAGGACUUCACUCCUGAGGAAGGAAGAUAUGAUGUGAUAUGGGUCCAGUGGUGCAUAGGGCAACUUCCUGAUGAUGAUUUUAUUUCAUUUUUUGAUCGUGCCAAGGUUGGGCUCAAACCCGACGGGUUUUUUGUUCUGAAAGAGAACAUAGCAAGAAACGGAUUUGUGUUAGACAAGGUGGAUAACAGUGUCACUAGAUCCGAUCCAUACUUCAGGGAGCUAUUUAAAAAGUGUGGAUUAUAUAUACACAGCGUCAAGGACCAGAAGGAACUUCCAAAGGAACUAUUUGCCGUCAAAAUAUAUGCUUUGGUGACCAAUCAACCAAAAAUCUCGAAUAAUGGGAAGAGAAGGCGGCCUAAAAAUUCACCACAUAUUAUUCGCUCUUGAAAAAUGCCUGUAUUUGGUGUGCUGUCGAACCAACUUAUUUAUCUGGUCAUGUAUUAUUAUUGGCUUGUAUCAAGUUCCUAGGACAACCUUUUGCAAUAAGCUCAAAUUUUCGUUGAUGUUAAUUUCAUUCUUUUCAACUGAUGUUGUAUUACCUGGAAAUAUAUGAUCUGUUGAUGCGCAUGUUCACGAUAUUUUGAGAGGAA